CGUGCGGCGUUGCCGGGACGGAGGGCGGAGUGACGCUAGAGCCGGGCGCCUCCGCCGCUGCUGCUGCUGCCGCCGCCACCGCCCGCGGCUCCCGCUGCUGCCGCCUGCCCGGCCCGGCCCGGCCCGGCCCCUCCGGAGCCCCCACACGUCCGGUUGCCCUGCAGGGCCGUGACCCGGUGCCGGACGGGGGCGACGGGCCGGGCGCGGGUGUGGGCACCCUCGCGGCCGCCCCCCGCCCCCGCGCCGCCCUGAUGUCGGCGCCGCUGAAGAAGGGCCCCGGGGGGCUGAUCGGGCUGAUGAAGGACGCUUUCCAGCCCCACCACCACCACCUGGGCCCGCACCAGCCCGGCGCCGUGGACAAGAAGAUGGUGGAGAAGUGCUGGAAGCUCAUGGAUAAGGUGGUGCGUUUGUGUCAGAACCCCAAGCUGGCAUUGAAGAACAGCCCACCUUACAUCCUAGACCUGCUGCCUGACACCUACCAGCACCUACGGACCAUCCUGUCGCGCUACGAGGGGAAGAUGGAAACCUUGGGAGAAAACGAGUAUUUCCGAGUCUUCAUGGAGAACCUGAUGAAGAAAACCAAGCAGACCAUCAGCCUCUUCAAGGAAGGAAAAGAGAGGAUGUAUGAGGAGAACUCUCAGCCUAGGCGGAACCUGACAAAGUUGUCCCUGAUAUUCAGCCACAUGUUGGCAGAACUCAAAGGUAUUUUCCCAAGUGGCCUUUUCCAGGGAGAUACUUUCCGGAUCACCAAGGCAGAUGCUGCAGAAUUUUGGAGAAAGGCUUUUGGUGAAAAGACCAUUGUUCCUUGGAAGAGCUUCCGUCAGGCCUUGCAUGAAGUGCACCCCAUCAGUUCUGGGCUGGAAGCCAUGGCUCUGAAAUCAACCAUUGACCUGACAUGCAAUGACUACAUUUCAGUGUUUGAGUUUGAUAUCUUCACACGGCUAUUUCAGCCAUGGUCCUCUUUGCUCAGGAACUGGAACAGCCUUGCAGUGACUCACCCUGGUUAUAUGGCAUUCCUGACCUAUGAUGAGGUGAAAGCCCGGCUUCAGAAAUUCAUUCACAAACCUGGCAGUUACAUUUUUCGACUGAGUUGUACUCGGCUGGGUCAGUGGGCCAUUGGCUAUGUCACUGCAGAUGGGAACAUCCUUCAGACAAUCCCCCACAACAAACCUCUUUUUCAAGCACUGAUCGAUGGCUUCAGGGAAGGCUUUUAUUUAUUUCCUGAUGGCCGGAAUCAGAAUCCUGACCUGACUGGCUUGUGUGAGCCCACACCUCAGGACCACAUUAAAGUUACACAGGAACAAUAUGAGCUGUACUGUGAGAUGGGCUCCACGUUUCAGCUGUGUAAAAUAUGUGCUGAAAAUGACAAGGAUGUGAAGAUUGAACCCUGUGGCCACCUGAUGUGCACGUCCUGUCUCACGGCGUGGCAGGAGUCAGAAGGCCAGGGCUGCCCUUUUUGCCGCUGUGAAAUCAAAGGCACAGAACCAAUUGUGGUUGACCCCUUCGACCCCAGAGGAGGGGGAGGACUGUCACGCCAAGGGGCAGAAGGAACUCCCUCACCCAACUAUGACGACGACGACGAUGACAGAGCUGAUGAUUCCCUCUUCAUGAUGAAAGAACUCGCUGGCACCAAAGUCGAGCGUCCCCCUUCCCCCUUCUCUGUAGCCCCCCAGGCCACCCUUCCUCCUGUGCCACCACGGCUGGACCUUCUGCAGCAACGAGUGUCCAAUCCUCCUGGAGCUUCCAGUCCUGGGACCACGUCAAAGGCUGCACCUGGUACUCUUCACAAGGAUAAACCUUUGCCCAUCCCACCCACCCUCAGAGACCUCCCGCCGCCGCCGCCUCCGGACCGGCCACAUUCCAUUGGGACUGAAGGGCGCCCUCAGAGACGUCCCCUGCCCUGCACUCCAGGAGACUGUCCUUCCAGGGACAAGCCACCCCCUGUGCCCUCCAACCGUCAGGCCGAGCUGUGGCCCUCCAGGCCCAUUCCUAAAGCCCCCUCUGCAGCUCUCGGCCCUGGAGACCAUUGGGCUGGCAGAGAACUGUCCAACAGGCACUCGCUUCCCUUCUCCUUGCCCUCUCAGAUGGAGUCCAGGGCUGACAGCCAUCGGCUUGGGAGCACCCUCAGCCUGGACAACCCAGUGAGCUUGAACAGUGGUCCAGCAACAACCUCAGAGUGUGAGCACCCCAAAAUUAAACCCUCCUCAUCUGCCAACGCGAUCUACUCCUUAGCUGCCAGACCACUGCCUGUCCCAAAACUGCCCACUGGGGACCAGUCUGAAAGCGAUGAGGACACUGAAUACAUGUCACCAUCCUCUCUGCCUGUGGUGCCUCCAGGUCCUGCUGUACAGAAACCAGAGAUCAAAAUGCCUUUGGAAAUGACUCAGAGUUUACGAGUUUUAGACUGUGACCAGCAGACGGAUGGCUCCAUGUAUGAAGCCAUGUACAACAUCCACUCCCAGGCAGCAUCCUCUGCUUUUGAGGCUGUCAACACUUCUGAUGAAGGGGAUCUGGCAGCAGCCAGUGCCAGCAAUGGCCCUGAAGAGUCAGAAAAUGAAGAGGAUGGCUAUGAUGUCCCCAAACCACCACUCCCAGUGGCCAUUGCCCGUCGCACACUGUCUGAUAUCUCCAACGCCACGCCUGCCUUCAGCCGAAUGUCUUUGGAAAAUGACCCUGUGACAGGUUUUUCAGAUGGCUCCCAAGUUCCAGAGAGGCCGCCAAAGCCGCUACCGCGGAGAAUAAACUCGGAGCGGAAAGCAGGGAGCUGCCAGACGGGUGGAGCCAGCAGUGGGAGCAGUGCAGCCCUGCAGCUCUCCAGUGAGAUUGAGAACCUCAUGAGCCAAGGCUACUCAUAUCAGGACAUUCAGAAAGCACUGGUCAUUGCACAUAACAAUAUUGAAAUGGCCAAGAAUAUUCUCCGGGAGUUUGUUUCCAUCUCCUCCCCCGCGCACGUGGCCACAUAGCACAGUACCUCCGGCACCUGCAGCUUCUGUGGACCAACUGCCUGGGCAGCUGUGGCCCAGCUACUCACCAAAGGGGAAGGGGGGUUCCUUUAGAGACUUCAUGCUGAGGUCAGUCCUGCCUCUCAAGAGAAUCAGUUAUCGGGUUUUUGUGGUUCCAGAUUUCAAAGCAGUGGAAUGAAAUGGAGCAGAAUGGUGUUUUAUACAGUGUAUGUCUUGGAGUCCUUUACCCCUACCUCUUGUUUGAGAGAACAGAUUUAUUUCCAGGGUGUUGGCAGAGAAAGGUGUCAGAACAAGGGGUCCCCUGGCUGAUGCCCUGGAGGCUGGGGGCAGUGUUUUGUGCUGUGAAUUCUAAGUGAGUGCUCUGAGAAACAAAGUCCUGAGGUCGGUGUGGUGUGUCCUGUGGUUCAUGGUACUAGGUUUGGAUCUGUUUGCUGCUGUGUGUCUGGCUCAGGCUUUUUGGAGCAGCUGGGAGGUCACUUUCUGCUGGGAAUAAAAUAGGAAACCUUGGAAGAAUCUAUUGAUUGCUUCCUGUCUGCAGUGGCGUUUCCCUCUUCUGUAAUAAUAGCAUUUAUUGCUUGUGAUCCAAGUCCUCCCUUUUUGCCUGGAGGUGGCUUGGUUAGCUUCUGUCAGGCAUCUUGAUCUUGACAGUGCUCGGAGUUGGAUUUCUCUCCUCUGUGUCCUCCUGCCAGCAUCACUGGCAGCACCAGAUUCCAGGCAGGUGGAUGUGCUGAGAACCCUGUUUUUGAGGGGUGGGAGAGGGAGGGUGGGAAGAACUGGAGUGAGAGCAAAGAACUGGCUGCUGCUGCUGCUCCUUUUGUUUUUUUAGCCUUGAGCAUUUUGUGCUUCAAUGCUCAGACUUGAUUGUGGCCCUGCUGGGCUGGAGCAGUGGUCAGUGGACACUCCCAGGUGCUCUUUCUGUAGGAAUGUUGCAUCUGGUAAAUAUGAUGUUUUAUUUAUCUUAAUUGCAUGGUGGCUGUUGCAGACUAGUGGCCUUCACGCACAUUCCAUCAUCUCCUUCAGAGAGCUUUGGCAGGAGCCAGCUGUCUUUGUGCCAGGGUGUUUUGUGGAAUUGGUAGGUGCAGCUGAUGUAUUCACUGGUAUUUUACCUGCUUUGCAGUAAAAGAAAAGCAGCAGUUCUCUGCAUGGCUAUCAAAACAACACUGGGGGCUCUUCUUUCCAUUCCCAUUUCUCUUAAGACACUGCCAGAGCUUGUGUUUGAACAGACCUGGGAAACUUCUGUGUUUGUAAAGCAAUCCCACAGCUUUAAAACUCAGUACUCAGCUGUUACCUUGGAAAAAACCUGACUUGCAUACUGUUCAGCUCUCUCCAUCUAUGCUUGAUGUGCAAGGAGUGUGUCGUUCCUUUUGAGAGGAUUUCAAUCAAGCAGGGAUACCCAGACCACAGCCUGAGCAAGUGCUCUGUGCACACUGAGAGGCUGUUGGCCUUUUUGAAGCACGUCUGGCAUUUGAAUCUCUGUAAGGGCAGCAGCAGUCACUAGGCAAAGGGUUGCAACUCGAAAUACUGUUGGAGUGAUGAUGGCAGUUGGGUGCAGUUGAGGCUUGUAAAGAAUCCAGUAGCUGGGCCCAGAUCUCAGAGAAAUGCCUUGGAGAGGACUUAACAAUAUUAGCAAAGGGAACUAAGCAUAAAAUGUGUGUUUUAUGUAGAGUAUAAGUUUCUCUCUUACAGCUACAGCUUUAUAAAUCGGCUGCAGUUGGUUCCAAACAGUGUAAAAGCCUGAACUGUCUUCACUCCCCUCCUUUCUGUAGCAAAGAAAGUGUUCUCUGGAGCUGUAAGGAGAUCUCCUGCAACUCUUACAGGCCAGCACCACCGUGGCUAUUUUGGGCCAGGGCUUCAACCUGCAAAUGCAGCAGAGCUGAGACCCCUGUCAGAGGGCACGGUGCUCUGCAGUGGUGCUGAGCCCACAGGUCAGCCAGGAGCAGGAUCUGGCCUUGCUGGAGGUCCUGCCUUGCAGAGAAGGGGAUGUCAGUGUGUAUGGGACUCAAGGGAGAAGAGCUUUGCUUUGUCCUUUGCCCACACAUGCAGUCCUGCUGGUCCUGAGUGCAGUUCUCUGCCAGUUCUGCAGGGCAGCAUCUGGGAGCUGCUGGAGAAGCAACCACUUGUGCUGCUGAGGCAGGGACACGGGGCAGCUCUGCUUGUUCUCUCAGUAGAUCUGCAGCACGUUACCCUUGUGACCCUGAGCAGCCAGUCCUCGAGUGUGCCUGGCUUUGUCCUGGAGAACCAGGUAAAACCCUUCCAUGAGGGAGCACUACGGUUUUAUUUCCUUCUCUCUCAGAGUCUCUCCAGUGCUGCCACUCGCUCUGUGCUGGAUUUAGAGGCUCUUGGUGUCUUGACUUGCUGUGUAAACUCAGUGCAAGUGUAUUCAAGUGUGGCGUGUGACUACUGCUGCUGCCAAGGCUGCCCGAGAGCCAAGCCCAGCCAGCUAGAAAGCCUUAACUCUUGUCUUGCACAGUGUGUGUGAUCAGAGUAGUGAUGCCCUGUCCCAUACAGGCCCUUUGUUACAGGCUGUUUGUAAUGUUCAAUUAAAUCUUGCCUAGCAGAGCUAUUACAGGCCUGUCUUUGGGGUUUAUGUGCCAAGAGACUUUGCUGUGGGUAUUGUUCCAAGUGUUAGAGGUUAGAGAGAGCAAUCUUUGUGGCAUAUAUCACUAAUUUUUUCUGCAUGUGUCCUUUCUAUGCACUGUUUGUGUCUCAAACCGAUUUAAGAAACUUAAGUCUAAGCUUUUCUUCCUUGGACAUGUUAAGCAUUUGCUGGUACCACUGAAGUGCAGCAGAGUCCUGGCCAUGUCUCGUGGCUGUGCUCUGUGAAGUCAACCCAGACACUGUACAGUGUAUUUUUUCUUCUUGUUCUUUCAGAAAUGUAAAGCCUAAGAUUGAUUUCUCUUUUUUUGCCCCCUCCCCUUCACCUUCUUAAUCUUUAUUCUUAAGAAGUUAACGGUAUGAUGCUACUUUAAAAAGCAAACCCAGAUGUCUAGUGCCUUCCUGAAGGGAACGCUGCCUUGUCGGGCUGGAUCUGAGCAUCCGCCCCUCUGUGAAAAUGAAGAGCCCCAAGUAGACGAGCUGUAAAGAUGCCUUUGAGCCUGGGACUGCUUGGAAGGGGGUGAAAAGAAGGGGCAAGAAAGAUGAAUUGUCACUUCAACUCUGACACUGUGUUUUGUAGCAUUUCAACUGUGGAGGUUUCCUACUUGUUACUAACAGUGACGUGUCUGGGCUGGUGAGGGCAAGUGCAGGACAGGGGUGGUUUUGCUUGUCGUAAAAUACAAGUUCUGCUCCUGAAAAAUGCUGGUUUCCCCCCCCUACCUGCCCAACCCUGGCCACAAAACAAGCAGAAACCCCCAGGCCCAAAAUGUGUGGGCUCAUCCUGCACCUCCACUCAGCGACCUGCAGGACGGAGCUGUGGAAAGCCAAGUGUCCCCUGCUCUGAGCAGGGUUUCCAGCUGAUGUAGUGAAAAAUAAAAACCACCAGAGCUGAAUGGGAACCUGAAAUGUGACAUAUCCUGCCGAGGGGGGGAGGUGAAAACUGCUUGUUUGCUUCCACUGAGCAGCUUUUCUGCACGGCCCUUCACUCAAGCCCCUGUCUGAGUGUCCCUGGGAGGACAGCAAGUUGCACUGGGACUGAUCCCAUUACCCCAAAGCUCCUCCUGAGGAUGGGUCAUCACUUCUCCAUGGUCUUGGUUCUGGUUUGGGUCUGGUUUUUUAUUUUCAGUUGAGCAAGAAAAAACCAAAAGCAACUCCCAGGGCCCUUUCCUUCAAGGUGCCACUUAAAAAAAAAUCACCCAACCAAUCAGUGGGGAAGAAGGACACUUGUUUUUUUUUUGAAGUUCCUCCUUUCUUUUGGAAUUCCCAGCU